AUGAAAGCGAAGUACGUUAAACAGUAUCUCCCCACGAGAAAGUAACCAGCCCAAAAUCACACUAGUCUUCGUCUCCAAAGCACGCUCUGAUUUCAAUUUUCGACCGAACAAUUCGAUGCUGGAGACGGAUCCUAAUUCAUUAGGGUUCGAAACCCUAAUUUUCGUUAACUAUUUGUCUCACUGAAUGGAAUCCGGGAAAAUCCUUGUUUCCCGAGAAAACCCUAGAAGCUUCUUGUUCGGCUCCACCUCUGCCGCCAAGGCCAUGUCCAAUGAAGUCUCGCUGAAACCAACGCAGCCGACGCCGAUACUCGACCGGUUCAGGGUUCUUCUGAAGCAGCGCGGUAAUGAGGCUAGGGUCUCGAGUCAGGAUGAUGGGGUGCCACCUCCGAGCAUGGAGGAGAUAGUGCAGCUCUAUGAGUUAGUGCUUGGCGAGCUUACUUUCAAUUCAAAACCGAUAAUUACCGAUUUGACUAUUAUAGCGGGCGAGCAGCGGGAGCAUGGCGGGGGCAUUGCGAAUGCCAUUUGUGCCCGGAUUAUGGAGGCUCCAGUUGACCAAAAACUGCCUUCCUUAUAUCUUUUAGACAGUAUUGUCAAGAACAUUGGCCGAGAAUAUGUUAGGUACUUCUCUUCCCGUUUACCUAAGGUUUUCUGUGAGGCAUAUAGCCAAGUUGACCCUAACCUACAUCCUUCAAUGCGCCACCUUUUUGGCACAUGGUCAACUGUGUUUCCACCUUCAGUACUUGGCAUGAUUGAGACCCAACUGAAGUUUUCUUCGUCAGUCAAUAAUCAGUCCUCAGGGUUCACUCCGUUGAGGUCUUCUCAGUCCCCUCAGCCAACCCAUGGCAUACAUGUUAAUCCUAAGUACCUACGACAGUUGGACCAUUCAACUGCGAAUACUAGUAUUCAACGUGCAAGAGGAACUUCAUUGACUUUGAAGAUGUGUAAUCAGAAACCUGCCAUUGGAGAUGAUGAUUGUGAUUCUGAUCAUGCGGGACACAUAACUGCAAAGGUUGGAGCCGAAAGAUUGAAAUCAACUGGAAGUUUGGGUCAUACGUCUUUUGUACCUGGUGUUAAUAAGAUGCGUCUGUCAUCGACUUCGAGGCUUGCAAGGCCUUUGUCACCUUUAAGAAUUGAAGGUGAUGUGCCUUUAUUUUCAGAAGCCGAUGAAUAUUCGGUAGAUAAUUCUCCUCGAAGGCUUAUUGAGGUAGCCUCUCCUAAUCCAGCAUUUAACUAUGGGAUUGGCAAAGCAAUUGGGGGAGAUGAGGAGACAAAUGAAUGGAAAAGAAGAAACUAUACUGAUGGAGACCGUUACCGAGCUGGAGCUUCUAUCAGCUAUGGCCUUAGCAAUGGAAAAGAUCAUCGAGGACCUAGAGCUUUGAUCAAUGCAUAUGGGACUGACAGGGGAAAUGGUACCUCAAACAGUCUGGAGGUGGAGUCCUUAGGUAUUAAUGGCAUGGGCAAUAAGGUGGGUUCAAGAUCAUGGCAGCAUACUGAGGAAGAGGAAUUUGAUUGGGAGGAUAUGAGCCCUACUUUAACAGAUUGUGGUAGGAAUAAUGAUUUCUUGCAUUCAUCUGUUCCCACUUUAGGAGGUGUUGGGGCAAGACCUGGCUUUGGGAAGUUGGGUGCUAGUGCUACUUCAUUGGAAUCUCAUAAUAUCAGGAGUGACCGGUCCGGUCAGGUGUCGCAACGUUUGUUGCAUGAUUCUUCAAACGUUGCCGAGGAUACCGUUCUCUACCCCACUCGUGGAUUACCAGAUAAGAUAAAUAGAUUCCCAAGUGAGCCUAACAGGGUUACUGGUGCUCGCUAUUCUCAAGAAGCCUGGAAUUCGCCUCACCAUUUUUCUCAGUCAUCUCACCACUUUAAUGCCAAAGGAAGGGUAAGAGGUUUCCAGAUGCCUUCUUCAGCAAACAGUAUAUCUUCGUCAGGUGGUGAAAAUUUUUCUCCUCUUUUUGACAAGGUUCCAGAUGCUGACACACAACUUGUCAGGCCUUCAGUUGUUGCAUCAGGAAUGGGUUCCUCUCAUCAUGAUUCUCUUACUGUUGGCAGUCAGUCAGUCAUAGCGUCAUCAACAGGGGCAUGGCCUUCUAUAAAUGUACAUAGUUCUCACCCACCUCGCUUCCCCACUAUUCCUCCCAUGCAGACACAUAUUAGAAGUCAUUUUGAUUCUACAAAUGCUAGUAAUACUGUGAUGAAUCAAGGCUUAAGCAAAUCAUUGUUUAUGCCUGAGCAGCAGUAUGAUGGUUUUGAAAGCAAAGAGAUGAGCUCAACAAAGCCACUGUCAUUGAGUGAUCAACAUGUUGCUAUGAACCAGCCAAACCAGGCACAAGGUGUGCCACAAUUUAUUGCAUCCCAGGAGGCACGUGAAAAUUUUCUUCCCUCUGUCUCACCAUCAGCUCCACGAUUCUCACUGGCACCACCUUUAAAUCGUGGAUACAACCCACGGGGGCAUCCAACAAAUCCAAUACCCGCAGUGCAGCUGCCUUUACUAGCACACAACAUUCCAAAUAUCUCCUUUUACCCGCAAUGGAGAGGAGUCCCUCCCCUGCCUCCUGGCUCCACUCCUGCUCCUUCUCAAAUGAUAACCAACCUGCAAGUUGCUGGUUCAAUUACCCCUAAUCAACCACAGGGUAGUGCGUAUUCUGGUCUUAUUAGUUCACUGAUGGCUCAAGGUUUAAUCUCAGCGACAGGACAAAAUGCUGUUCAGGACCCAGUGGGACUUGAGUUUAAUGCUGACCUUCUCAAACUGCGUUACGAGUCUGCUAUAAAUGCUCUGUAUGGUGAUCUUCCAAGGCAGUGCACAACAUGUGGCCUUCGAUUUAAGUGUCAAGAACAACACAGUAGCCAUAUGGAUUGGCAUGUGACUAAGAACCGAAAUUCGAAGAACCGUAAGCAGAAACCUUCUCGUAAGUGGUUUGUCAGUACAAGUAUGUGGCUCAGCGGUGCAGAGGCACUGGGAACUGAAGCAGUUCCUGGGUUUUUGCCAACCCAGACUGUUGAGGAAAAGAAGGAUGAUGAGGAAUUGGCCGUGCCCGCUGAUGAAGAUCAGAAUGUAUGUGCACUGUGCGGAGAGUCAUUUGAGGAAUUUUACAGUGAUGAGACUGAGGAAUGGAUGUAUAAAGGGGCUGUCUACUUGAAUGCACCGAAUGGCUCAACAUCUAGUGUUGAUGGGUCUCAGUCAAGUCCUAUAGUUCAUGCUAAGUGUAGGCCAGAUUCUAGUACAGUUCCCCCUGAAGAUUUUGGACGUGAUGACAGGGGAAAUACUGAAGAGGGUAGUCAAAGAAAACGAAUGCGCAGCUAACUUUAUCAGCUCCAGCUCUCCUAAGUCUCUGUAACUUCAUUUCAGUUUUCUUUCAUCAUAGUGUCAUCUUUUUUAUACUUAUUCGUACAGUAGUGUGGAGCUUGUAUCUUGGCUUCAUGCUAGAUUCAUGUAUAUUUAUAGUUGGACUUGUAUCAUUUAUACCAUCUUGCAGGCAAAGCCUACAAUUUUUCCUGACAAAACUUCUCUUUGGACUUGAUAAUUGCUUGCCUUUUGCUGUCAAAAACCUCCCGAGGGUGGAUGCCUGGAUCAAUGGUUACAAGAGCUUGUUUCAUGGCAACCUAACAGUAGCUGAUAUCUCACCUGUCAUCCGUUUGAGGGAGUAGAACUGUAGAAGUAUCGUCAUCGAUUGAUGCCAGUGGUGGUCUACCCACCCCUUUUACAUCUUGCUUUCAAAUAGAGUGAUUUUUAGGGUCAUUGUAAUUAAGAAGUACUUGAGGUGAAGCUAUGUUUCAGACUUUCAGCUUAGAUAUGAUUUUUGUUCAAUUGUUUGGGGAUUUAAAUGAUAGAAGUCUGUUCUAGUUUC